UUCUACCAUCAGCGACAGUCGUGACAGCUGUUAUGGGUUUACAGUUGAAUGUGUCAUAUAUCGAACUCGCGUAUUGUUUAGAAUCGAAUAUGUAUGGAUUUGUUAUCACUUGUGCUGAAAAUGAAAUCUUAAGUGAUUAUGUUGUGCUGAAAUCGGAUUGUGUGCGUAGUAUUUAACUUGAGAAAGUGACAACAUGAUUACUGUCACUACCAGAGUGUACAGGAGAGAAUGAAAAGCUCCGAAUGAGGAGUUGCUGGGUUGCCCAUGUUGCUGCAGCCGAGCUGGCAUGAUGUCAUCCCCGCCGCGCUCCCAGCGGACCAGGAUGCGUCUCAAUCAAACGCAACCAAACCGGAGGAAAUCGAGCAGAAUCUCAAGUCUGGGUGGACGGUUCACGUUGCACAGGACGGGAGACUGUACUACUGCAAUCAUCUAACUCAGACAUCUUCUUGGCUACCACCUGUUGAGACCUGGGCUGAGGCAGGUGGUGGGUUUCCCUAUGGCUGGGAAGAGGCAACAGACAGUGAUGGCAAACCGUAUUUUAUCAAUCACCUCAACAAGACCACCACAUAUGAGGAUCCUCGCAAGGACUGGACAGAAGAGCCACCACAACCAAGACAGGUGGAACUCGCACGACACCCGGAGCUGGGUUUUGGAUUUGUGGCGGGCAGCGAGAAACCCGUAAUUGUGAGGUUUGUCACUGAGGGUGGACCAAGUGUGGACAAGUUGCAGCCAGGAGACCAGAUCCUCAUCAUCAACGGAGAGGAUGUUAAGAAUGCUCCCCGUGACCAUGUGAUCCAGUUAGUGAGAUCAUGCAAGGAAACAGUGCGGCUGACAGUUUGUCAGCCUCCCCUUGACAAUUCAGCCCGCAAGUCAGCACUGCUCAGUGCAGCCAAGAAAGCGAAGCUCAAAUCCAAUCCAUCUCGGGUGCGAUUUGCUGAAGGAGUUGUUGUGAAUGGCUCCCCUCUGUUUCCUCCCUCAACAUUUUCACUGGGAGAUUCUUCGAUGCCAUUUAUGCCAAAUGUGUUGAAAGUUUUUCUCGAGAAUGGACAGACCAAGUCAUUCAAGUAUGACUCAAGCACAACAGUCCGCGAUGUGGUGGAGUCCCUGCAGCAGAAACUUUGUAUCAAUGCCAUGGAACACUUCUCGCUUGUUGUGGAGCACGUCAAGAGUUUGAGAAGGAACAAACUCACUCUACUGGAUCCUCAGGAACCUCUUGCAAGGAUAGCUGCAAGACCUGGGUCACACAAUCUGCGCUGUCUCUUCAGAGUUGCAUUUGUACCAAAGGAUGCAUGUGACCUGGCACAGAGGGAUUUGGUGGCAUUUGAAUAUCUCUAUAUGCAGUGCUGCAAUGAUGUGGUACAGGAACGGUAUGCCCCAGAACUAAAGUAUGACAUUGCACUAAGGUUAGCAGCCCUGCAUAUACACCAGCAUGCCAUAUCCAACAAUAUGACAAGCAAAGUAACAGUGAAAGCCAUUGAGCAAGAAUUUGGCUUGGAGCGGUUUGUGCCAGUCUCACUAAUGAGCACAAUGAAGAGGAAGGAAUUGCGGAAGCUAAUCGGUCAUUUCUUGAAGUUGAACCACAGUUUGUCCCCUGCUGGACAGAAGAGUCUGACAAGCCUGCAGGCCAAGUUGUACUACCUGAACAUCAUCAGUGAGCUUCCGAGUUACGGGGCCAAAUGCUUCAGCACUAAUAUCAGGGAUAGCAACAUGGAGAGGGUUAUAUUAGUCAGCCCUAAGUUCGGUAUCAGCCAGAUUACGGGACUACGUAAUAGUGUGCCUGUUCCGCUGGCAGACAUUGAACAGACGAGUCUAGUCACAGUAACACAGGAGGAUGAGCUAUCGCGGUGUGUUCGAAUACACCUUCCAACUUCGGAUGAAAAGGAGAUGGUGCUUAGCAUGGAGGAUCGAGAUGCUGAAGAGUUUGUGUUGGUGCUGCAAGGGUACUAUAGGCUUCUGACUGGCAAGACACUUCCUGUGGAGCAAGACCGCGACCUGUCUUGGAUAGAUGAUGCAGCACCACCGUAUCACUCACAGCAUCAGGUUUUGCCUGCCAGGUGGAGCUACACUGGCCAAGCUGCUGGCAAGCACUACACUACAUUCUCAGUGCCUCCCCCAUAUCAGCCAAUACAUGUAAAAUCAAAUGGUCAUUUCCCUACUCCUCAUAACAAGUCAGCGCCACUGGAUGCCAACAGUAGACCUCCUUUUGGUGUGGACAACAACAUGAACACCAUGUCUGGACUGCUGAAUGGGAGUGCCAAAGCAAGGGACCGCAAUGGGUAUCUGGAUGAUAACAGACGUGCAGCAGUUGCCCAGAAACUUCUGGAUCUCAGCAAUACUGCUUUCGAUCUUCAGAGUGUUGUUUCAAUGGAGAUCCUUGAAAGUGACUUGGCAUAUGUUGAAGCCAGGAAUGAAGAGGUGUUGCGGAGGGUUGCAGAAAUGCAAGAGUUGGUGCAAAACUCUGAGCAGUAUCUAACACAGCAGCAACAACAGCACCAGCAGCAUCACCAGCAGCUCGGCAAGGAGGAGAGUGACUCCGAGGGCUCCCAUAUAUCGUCCCUUGACUCAGAUGCACCCGGUCAGCUCAAGCAUAGUGACUCAUUGCUGCUGCUUACCCAGGGACAAAAGCUGAUAAGUGAAGCUGUUAAUGAUGUUGUCCGGGGCAUAGAUCUUGGCGAUAAUGAGCCCUCUGAGAGUGACACAGAUUCCUUGAGCACUCCUACAAAUAGUCCAUCUCACCGACCAAUGGCAGGUAAAGAACACAGUAGCAGUUCAGUCCUGAAUGCCAGUGGUUCCAGCUUCGGACUGCACAGUCCUGACAGCCUGCUGCCAGUUGGGUUCCGUCCCAGUGAUCGUAAUAUCCAGGACCUGCUGAAGAAGUUGCAAGAGGACAGUUCACUUCCAUAUGAUUUUGCAGAAGGGACUCUGUACUUGGACCCAGAUAUAAUUGAUCUUACAUUGAUCCCACCACCAAUCACACCAGAUGAGAGACAUUGUCAUGGAUUGAACUGUUUCUUGAACAUAGAUGUUUAUGUUCUGAGAGGCUCGGAAGGAAGAGAGGAAGACAAAAGGAAGAAGGAAUGGGGAUAUCUCAAUGAUGGUCUGUAUGCCUUGCCUCCACAUCUGAGUCUUCCUCCAACUCCCUUUGCUGACCAUUCACCAUUGGAGACAGAGUUGCAGGUUACAACAGAACAGCUGAUCAAUCAUAGGAAUGUCAUCAGCAGUUGUUGCAUGCUGGACCUUGAGCAAGACCCACUGCUAGAUGAAUUGCUUGGUUUGGAAUUGAACAAGACUCCAACUGGUGAUGAACCCAGUUCAUUGGUGAUACCAGGUUUGGAUCUGAAUCUCGAUUUUGAAGCAUUUUUAGCAACAGUAACUGUCCCACCACCCACUGAGCGAGCCCCACCAUCUGUAGAGCUAACGCCAGAGGAGAUUUCUUCAUUUAUCAUUCCACCUCCUCCGGCUAGUGGCAGUGAUGCUAUAAAUGGCGAACUGGAUAAUAUGCAUGGGAACACUGUGGAAAACCAUGACAAGAAAACUAGUAACACCCAAUGUUCGUCUAGAGUCAUUGAAUACCCAACUGUAAAUAGGAAAGGUGGAACAUUUUCAUGCUGUGGAAAAUACCGGGACAGUCCUGAGAAGAGUUCAGCAGAGGAAAUUCAGCCACCACCUAGAAAUGGUUCAGAAAGUUUGAAACCACCUGCACGACCACCAAAGUGCGCUGAACACCUCCAAGCUGCAUCUGUACAUCAUCAGAGCAAUUCUUCAUCUGGGGGUCACCAGGAUUCACCACCUCCAUUACUGCCACCAAGAAGUGACUCUAUUCACUCUCAUUCUUGGUUGUCACAGAAGAAACCGCCUCUACCGCCUGUCCCAUCUCAGGAUGUUUUUAGGAGGAGUGCUCAGCACAGUCCAAGUCUGAAAGGGUUAGUUGAUGGAAACAGUCCCAGUAAAUCAGGGUCUAGCAACACAUUGUUGAGGAAUGGUCACAUAUUUUCUGACAGCUCAUCAACAUCACAGCAUGGUAGAGAGAUGCUGUGUUCCAGGUCAGAUGCAACCAUGGUGGGUCUCCUGGAGCGCCUUGACCAGGUCGUGGCACAGUGUUCUAGAGCUCAGGCAGCUGGAGGAGGUGCACAAAUGGAUGAAACUUGUUUCCAGGUGGCAAAGGAAGCCCUGACAAAUGAAGCACGACAACUAGUCACUGCUUCCAAGAUGCUUGUGAAGAGUGCAACGGACACUGCUACAAGGCAAGAGUUGUCUAGCAACCUUGCUAGUUGCCUCCAGCUCCUUCACAGGUUAACAGACCUUGCUGCUGACAUGACGGCUCAUACAACAGCGCCACUCCAGACGCGCAACUUGGUGCUCAAAGUACGGGAUGUUGCCUGUGUAUUCAGGGAGACACUUGCCUGUGCAUUGGACUUGGAUGUACAGGAAGGCGUGCUGCUCCAGAGAGCCGAGGGUCUUGCUAGUGUUCUCGCCACUUUGCUGAGAAGCCUUCGAGUUUUCUCGCCCUGAUCAGACUGGCAAUAGUAAUAGUUUGGACUUAGGUUUCUAAUAAGUAUUAGUAUGUCACGUUAACCACUUUAAUGUAAGAAUAAGUGACGGAGCUCAAUACUGCACAAAAUACGGUAAUGAUUAUGCAGCAUUUACAAUAAUUAUUGUCACAAGUACAAAGCAUACCAUGAAAAUAAUUGUAUAAAUAAUUUGUUUCAUCAUUACAUUUUCUAUUUUUUAAAUAGUUUAUUUAUUUCUACUGCCAUCCUUUUAUAGAAAUAACAAAAUAUUUUAGUGAUUAAAUUAUGACCUCAUUUUUACAUAAUAUAUGAAGAAUGAUGUGAAUACAGAGUUUACUGUAUACAUUUUGACAUGUGACUAUGUAAAUUAGUAACUGUGUAAUUUUUAGAUUUACUUUUUCUGGAUGGAUUUUGUUUUCCUAGUCAUUAGUUAUCAUUUGUUGUGUAUAUAUUGUUUGGUCACACAAGAGAUGCAGGUGGCUUGAAAUUUCAUAUUUUUCCCCAGUGUUUGCAAUACUGGCUUGUUACCAUGGUAUGUGGGGAUGGACGUUUGGUUCAGCAAGGUGCGUAUCUAUUUCCUGUCUCUUGUAACAUAGUAUUUCUUUUCUGUUUACAGAAGAAUUAUUAAUUAUACAAAAAACAAAAGUAAAGGUAUCCCUGUGACAG